ACAAAAGGAUACUGCCGGAAACGCACUGUACGGAAGAAAUUUCCAAAAUAAUGCGAAAGGAUCGAUCACAGUAGGCUGUACGCGCCGGGAACAUUGGCUGGCUACACGUGGUAUGGCAAAAGGGAUUUUUCCUGACCAUUCUGGAACCAGUCUUCGCGGUGAAUUGGUGACUAUCGGUUGAACCGGACCGGGAAGCAACCAUUCGAGCGAAAGAGGAGAGAAACAGAACGAUAAGAAGGGUUCUGCACGAAACAACGAACAAACAAACGAAGCGUGUCGAUUUAACGUUUACAGUGCGGUGCGUCGUGGAAUUGUGUAUUUUCCAAACUAGUGGAAGCUAAUCGAUAGCUGGUUUGGGCAGUUCCAGUGGAUAAAUUCGUUGCGAGUGAAGAAAUAUCGUGAAUUUGUGUUUUCUAUUUGGCAGGAAGGCGAAUUUAGUGUUUUUUUAGGAAGUGCGAUUCGUUAACAGGAGGUGGUGCAUAGAGAAUCGUGCUUUUGAAAAAGGGUGUUUGAUUUGUGGUUAAUAUAUGGUGUGGUGUACCUAAAAGGUGUUAAUUAAAGGUGGAGAUUCUUCUCAUAUCUGGAGCACUAAGUCAGUCCUGGGAGGAGAUCUUCUCGGUGCACGAUAAUCGUCAUCACAAAGCCAAAGAGGGGUUGAUAUAACCACGCUUUCUAUGCUGAAACGGAUUCGAAUUGCGCAGGAUCUGGUAGCUGUGUAGUGGAAGAAUUCCUGUCCUGUCGUCAUCGCUCAAAAGUUUCGAGCGGACAGUUCAGCUCAGCUCCAAAUCUCUCGUUGAGCUUUUUCUGCAGUCGUCUCACAAAAACUGUCCUGAAGUUCCAGCACCUUUCCUACGACGCUGCUCAACAGGAAGACAUGCAUCAUCAUCGUUAAAUCGAAGGAAGUGUAUGAGGAGCUUUGAGUGUAGAGCAUAGAGAGCGAGAGAGCGAACCACAAACCCCACCCGUAAGCGGCGCGGCCCGAGCAGUAGACAAACCCCGUACUAGGAACUAUUUUGUAUACCCCUCUUAAACCCAAAAAUGGUGGACUACUACAAAGUUCUGGAAGUGUCCAGAACGGCAUCAGAGGCUGAAAUAAAAAAGGCGUACAAAAAACUGGCCCUCCGAUGGCAUCCAGACAAAAAUCCGGACAAUCCAGAAGAGUCCAACAGACGGUUUAAGGAAAUUUCGGAAGCAUACGAAGUACUCUCCGAUGCCUACAAACGACACAUAUACGAUACUCGGGGCACGCGGAAAGGUGGUACCGGCGGAGGUACCGGUGGCACUACCACCGGCAGCUACACCGCCUACACCAACCGCGACUACAGUCGCAACGGCGGCUAUGACCAUUACCAUCACCAUCGUUACGGGUCCGGCGGCGGCAGCCGGUACGGAUCGACCGGUGGCCGGGAAAACAGUGGCAGCAGUCGUACGUUUAGAGAUUCGUUUAGAGGAUUUUUUGAGACGACGCCGUUUUUCCGCUUCUUUGAAAAGAAACGACGCAUCUACGACCAGUACGGCAAGGAUGGUCUGAUCAACAAUGGAGGUUCCGAUCGCUACCAUCAGAGCACGCGGCACCGACGACACAAUGGCAGCAACGGCGGUAUGGAUGAUUACGAGUUCUUCGGCUUCCCGUUCACAUUCCGCGAUCCGGAGGAUGUGUUCCGAGAGUUCUUCGGUGGAUCGCCGUUCGAUGAGCUGUUUAGAAUUAGUCAACCCGCGCAUCAGCACGGCCGACGGUCGAAUGGUGCCACCAACGGACACCAGCACCAUUACCAUCAGCAGCGACACUCACACCCGCAAAACGUCAUCUCGUCACCGUUCAUGACGCCGCUGAUGAGCUUCGGGCUGAUGGACGAUUUCUUCAACAGCGGUCACAUGGCACCGCGCGGUGGUAUGAGUUCCGUGUCGGAGCUUAGCUACAGUGGCGGUGGUCCCGUCAAGCGUACCUCCACCUCGACCACCUUCAUCAAUGGCAAGAAGCUGAUGACGAAAAAGGUGUACGAGAACGGUACGGAAACCAUCAUGUCCUACGAGAACGAUGUACUAAAAUCAAAGACUGUAAAUGGGGUCGCUCAAGCUAUACCAUACAACCAUUAAAAGCGUUGAGAAAUAAUUAGCCGAGGCAGGCCGAGGAACGAAUGUGUGUAACUGGACCCCAGGCACCAGCACCAGCAGCAGCAGCAGCAGCAGCAGCAGUAAAUCCGGAACAGGAACCCAGGGCUGAUGGCUAAGCGUAAAACAAUUAUUUCUCUCAAAGCUACCGCUAGGAUUAGUGAUACACAUAAUAAUUAUAAUUAAUAAUAUGUAGAAAACCUUACGGAUAUGAUAAUACGAUACUACUAGUGUGAGAGUGGUGUGUAUGUGUGCGUGUGUGUGUGGGGACGCGUUCAGAGAGCGUUCCAUUGCGCGGGUUUCGUUUUUAUCCCUUUAUCCUUGUGCACUUGGUAAAUGCGCGGGGUGUGUGUGUGUGUGAGGUAUGUGUAGCAAAAGGAAGCGGUUAAGAAGUAGAUCAUGAGGUGUGAAGUUGGUUGGACAGGACCGGUUUUUAGAGAGACAAGUAUGUAAAGGAUCGAUAUUUUACGAAAGGAUCAAGCUUCGUUUUUUGUUCAACCUUUCAAUUGCCCCCUUUGAAACUAAUACCAAGGUGUGCUCAGAAGCUUCUGUUAGUGUUCACUGGUGUAGUGUUCAAGAUUUUUUUUAGGCGAUUGCGUUAGAUAGUAUUUUAAAUAGAAGAAAAAAAACGGAUCUUAUUUUAGUACAUUUUAGGGAUCACAAAAAAUCACACAUACACACGCAAGGAAUGAAAUUUAUCAUUGUAUUGCUGUGCUUUCCUACUACUUCUGAGUGACCAGUAGAAGAAGCCAUCCAAUAUCCAAUAGUAAUCGCAUACCUAAUGUUACACACCAGUAAUAGAAAGAAGCAUGAGAGGCAGCGCACAUACAAAUAUGGUGGUUAAAUGAACCGACCUCACGACACACAAACACACACAGAGCAGAUUCGAAUAAUCCCCCAACAAAACUGCAAAAUUAAAAACAACCAUUACACACCGCGUUCCACACUAAUUUGUGUUUUGUACAUGGUGACCGUUUGGUUUGGAAAAACCUUUCCUGUUUUCCUACGGAUACGGAUACACGCUGUCCCAAACAAAUUAACGCCCUCGCGGACAAAAAAAACCCCACUCCGGUCGUGUUGUUGUGCAGUGAAAAGGCGAAAAAUCACACCGCCACACGUUCGUCUCUAUUGUAUCAUAAUUUGUUCACUUUAUUAAUAUCGUUGUGUGUGUGUGUGUAGUAAUUUCGUUUCGUAGGUUAUAAUUUCUUCGGAUUUAGGAUGUAUUUCGCUUUUGUUUGUAAGGCUUAAACACAAUAAUGCAUAACCGACGUGUGCUGCUGGCCGAGCGUGCGUGCACAUGCCCAUUGUGACAUGUGAGAUGAAAAUAUAGACAAAAGAGAGAGAGAUCCUCUCCCGUGUGUGAGAGGGGUUGAAACAGCAAAACCCCGGUGCUGUUUAAAACAAUUUUUUUACCGGGCCCCUAACGAAUCCCGAAAAUAUAAUAUACUUUCCAAUCCA